AUGCAGCCAGCUUCUGAAGCUAAGAGACAAGCACCCUUGACCUACAAGCAAAACCCUUGCAUCAGUACCCACGAUGCCAUCAGAGCUGCUCGCAGCAAGGCCCAACAGACUGCACGCCACUGCGCCAACGAUAACUGGCUGAACCUAUGCAGCAGGAUCCAGACGGCUGCCGAGAGUGGAAAUGCAAGAGGCAUGUACACUGGCAUCAAAACCGCCACCGGCCCCACUUCCAUCAAGACGGCUCUGCUGAAGUCCAAGGCACUAGAGAUUACAGACCAGGGCAAGCAGCUGGAGCGCUGGGUGGAGCACUACCCGGAGAUGUAUGCAACCCAGAACAUGGUGACGGAUGCCGUCCUGGAUCCCUUGCCCAGUCUCCCAGUCAUGGAGGAGUUGGAUGCCCCACCCUCUGCAGUGGAACUCGGAAAAGCCAUCGACUGUCUCUCCUGCGAGAGGGCUCCUUGGAAGGACGGGAUCCCAUCAGAGCUUCUGAAGAGUGGCAAGCCAGCUCUGCUGCAGCAUCUCCACAAGCUCCUGAGCCCGUGCUGGGAGAAGGUCCACGUCCCCCGGGACAUGCAAGAUGCCAACAUUGUCACCCUCUAUAAGAAUAAAGGUGACCGCAGCGACUACAAUAACUACCGUGGUAUUUCCCUUCUCGGCAUCGUCGGGAAAAUCUUUGCCCGUGUCUCUUGCCACGCCUACAGAGCCUCACCUCCGAGUCACAGUGUGGCUCCAGGGUGGGCUGACCUACAGUAG